AUGCUUUCAUGGAAAGAGAAAUUGUGUAGGUCAAGUUCAAACCAAGAAGUGUCAACUCUUUUGAAUGAAACCGUUUUAGAAAAGCGACGUUAUUAUUUUAAAAAGAUCAUCUCAACGAUUUUAUUCUUGGCGCAAAACGAGUUGCCUUUGCGCGGGAACUGGGACAGUGCAGAAGAUAAAGAAGGUGGCUUAUUUAAUAAUUUAUUCGAGUACAAUUUGGAAAACGAUGAACUUUUGCGUCACUGCCAAGAGCAAAUGCCUGCAAACGCAACGUAUACGUCUCCUCUCAUCCAAAAUGAAAUCAUUCAAAUCAUUGCCGAUCUGUUGCGUGAGAAAAUUGUUGCCGAUAUAAAUGAUUCUACCCAUUGCACUUUGAUGGCCGACGGAACCAAAGACAAAAACGGUCGGGAAAUCAUAUCAAUUGCGUUUCGUUAUAUCAAGAAUGGAAAGCCAGUUGAAUCACUUCUGUGUUUUGUAAAAGCUGACGACAUCACAGCAAAAGGCAUAACACAAUUGAUCAUCGACCAAAUCACAGAAUAUGACAUUAUUGUUGCUAAAAUAAUCUGCCAGUGCUAUGACGGUGCGUUCGUCAUGAGCGGAGAUCAUGGUGGUGUGCAAACAUUGCUACAAGAAUACUUCAAACGAAAAAUCCCCUAUAUACAUUGUUUUAAUCACCGUUUGCAUCUUGUCGUAAUAGCUGUAGUGUCGGAAAUAGACUCAUGCCGGUUAUUUUUCGAUCAAGUUAGGCUUCUGCAUAAAUUUUUCAAUCGUUUCAAGGUUCGAAGAGAAUACGACGGAACGAACAUUCCCAGACUCAUUGAAACACGAUGGUCCGGCCAUUUAAAAGCAAUUGAAACAAUCGCCCAAAAUUACGAUGAUUUGCUUGCUGCAUUGGACACGAUAAAAAAUGGCAAUGGAAAGAACUUUGAUGCCGACGACAUUGCAUUAGCUUCAGGCCUGUCAAGUGCAAUUAUGGAAAAGAAGUUUUUGUUCAUGCUGCAUUUUUUAUGUCAUUUACUCAGUUUGAUAGAACCAGCCAACAAAAUGCUUCAAAGCCGUGAAAUAGGAUUUAUUCAAGCGAAGCCGAUAAUUGAAUCCGUUCACAAAACCGUGCUGGAUCAAAGAACGGAUGAAGCGUUCAACCGUUUUCUGCAAAUCGCUGAAAAAGUAAUGAGCAAUUUUGAAGAUUUCGAGCCGAGACCACAGAGAAUUCGUCAGCGUAGCACCCGAUUGAAUAACUCUAUCGUAUUGGAGACGCUUGGGGAGCGUCACAUUGAAGUAGAUGCGCAAAACAACGUCGAAAAAGGACCAUUGUUGCUGAAAUCGCAGUAUUUCAAUGUAAUCGAUCGCGUUUCAAGUGAAAUGGCUCGUCCUUCGAUGAGAACACCGAUAUUUUGA